GGUGGAGUAAUAAAAACAGCUACCAGUUACGGUGACCUCAGUCGUGCUACGUAUCAGCUGWUUAUGAAAGAUGGAGCUGCAAGGAUCAUAUGCAUAAGGUAUCCUUCUACAAAAGGAAAAGWGCAUACCCCUGAAAAGCAUCUCCCAAAUUCUUCACAAAGAAAAUCCUAUCCAGACACCUGAAGAACUUUGAAGUCCUCCAUGAAAAGAGUUAAGAAAAAGGAGCCUAAUAAAGCUGAUCUUGACUAUCAAGGUUGUGGAUCAUGGAGGAAAAACUCCUAAACAACAAUAUCCUUGAUCAAUUUAUUAAUAGCCAUGAGCAGUCCUAUGAAGAAUUUCUAAAUACAUUUACCUACCUUUUGAAAGAAGAAGAGGAGAAGACAAUACAAGGAAGCAGAGUGGAUUCCCUAACAAAAACAUUUUCUGCAUCUGAGUUAUCCAGCAGAGGUAAAGAGGAUGAUGGUUCACUUGGAAGAAGUGAAGAGCUGUUGGUGUCUCUCCCACCACAUUUGCCAAAUGGGAACAAGGUGACAGAAAUGAGUAAGUGCUGGAAAGCUGGUGGUCCUGAUGGAAACAAUCUCAGUCUGUCUGAAAGAGUAAAGCUUUUCCUGCAGGUGGACAAGUUUUUAGAUUUGCAAGAUAUUGACACAAAUGAAGAGACAUACAGUGUAGGGUCAUUCAUUCUUCCAGGAGAGGUGGAAGAGACGACAACAUGCUCUACACUUUCCUUUGAUCAGCCUGUUCAACAAAAGUUCAGGACUAUGCCAGUUAAACAGCCGUCAGGCAGCAAAACUCAAGAGCUACUAGGGGAUGAUGUUCAACCAUUCUCACUUGAUGAAGAAUUUGAUUAUGACAAYGCGCCUUUGACCCCUAAGUUCUCUGAAGCUGAGCUGAAGGCCAUAACAGACUUUUCUGAAGAGAAGAAAAUGGAGACAGAUGUGAAGUCAGCAGGAGYGGAAGACUGAUUCAGAUGCACCUUGCAUGGCAUUCAACAGCAUUCAACAGCAGUGCUGUUGAAAUAACAUUGUAAGGGGGUAAAUCUAGUUCCCUGUUUAAUCUUGUUAUCUGUGUAGUCUGUAACAUCCUCAAGAUUUUUUUAUUUAUUCCUCCAAAGUGUCUUCGAGCCCUGAGAUUUUCUUUCUGCCUACCUGUCUACCUUCUUCUAGUUCAUGCAUCCACGGAACAGAAGGGCUGCUGUGUAGUAGCCCCUCAGCCAGCAAGGAAGUACUUUUUUCUCUUUUGUGUGUAUGUACAUAGACUUGUUUCCCAGAGUGCACGAGGCAKGUGGAAGGGUAUCUCCAAUGACAGCCAUGAAUUCUCUUUUCUAGAAGAAUCCUUGGGUAGGGUGAAGCCUGCACUGCCUCCAGCAAGCAGGCAUGAAUAAAUGCUCCUUAAAACCAACACAAGCAGAUGCAGUUCAGAAUAGCUGUAUGGGCACUCUAACUUGUACYUGGUAGUGACUCCAGCUCCUGAGUAACUCAAAGCAAGUCCCAGAAUUGUCUUUGCCUAUUUCAUUCCACACUGCAGGUGAGAACUUUAUGCAGCCAAGGAUUCAGCUUUUAAUUUCUCCCUAUCUCUAUUCAAAGAUAGAGAAUUAUACUAGCAAAUAAAUCCAGGAAUGUUUUUUGUCUCUAGGUUAUUUCAGUUCUGCAUACAAAUAAAUAUUUGUAUUUCCAAUAAACUUUUUAAAACAGAUGAUCAAAAUUGACUCUAUGCAACUGCUGGUAAUUAAAAAAUUAACUGUUACUAGAAAUCUUCCAGAAAGAAAUUGGCACUGAAGCGCUGCCAGAUUGCCAGAUUUUUUUUUACAGAAGAUGAUUCCAGAUAGUAGUUUAGCACUUAAACUUAGCAUCACUCAAUACAGAGAACUUUGGGGUUGAGAAAGUAUGCAUAGUAUAGGUGGGAGAGAAGAUCUCUUAACAUAGGAUAUUAUGUACUCUUGCCAUAAGGUGUUUAAAAUUCAACUUUUUUCAGCUUAUCAAAGGAACUUUCUUCURUGUGUUUGCUAGAAGGAUAUGGAGGACACAAACUAUACAUCAGUCCUACUGGAGUCUUACUACCACUACAGUCAAUGACAAAACUUGUUCAAGGAUUCAAAACAGUUUUCAGGUCAAAUCAACUCCGGAAUUUCUACAUGCAUUUUCUAUUCAUUUCAUUAGCAAUUUCCCCCAGUACAUUAGGGAUACAUUCAGCCAUUCAGUUCCUUCUCUCAUAGGCAGACGAUUCUCUUCCCAAAUGUUCAGACUACAUAUUAUGCUCUGUAAGGGUCAUUCAGUCUAUUCAUUAUAUGGUUCUGUUAGAUUUGCUGCAGAAUAUCCCAACAAAAUUGGAACCCUCUAAUGACAUUCAUUUUAUGUAAAGAAAUGGGGAUAAUGCACUUACAUUUACACCACUCAUGAGUUAUAUUUUUGCCUUUUAUUAACUGAGAUGAAUAUCACAGUGGAGAUUAAGCCACACAGRCUAGAUUUUCUGCACAUCUCAUUCUAUUGACCUGCCUCUGUUGUUGUCUUUGCUUUGCUUAUGAACCCAGCCUUGUUGGUGAAUUCACUGGAAAUCGGGGCUGUCUGAUGCAUCUCCCUAAUUCCUUUGUCUCCUUGGCUUCAUUAAUGUCUGCAGUGCAGUAGACAUACAAAUCCAAGCUAGUCAGAGAGCUUGUCAGUAUUAAACUUGUUGCUUAGGUGGURUUUGCAGAAGUUCACAGUCUGAAUAGAUCCUGGGCAAUGGAGAGGAGCUCCUUGAAUUCUGAAAUGAAUGGGUUAGGUAUCUGAAGAGAUGUUUCCUUGGCUGGCCAUGAUCCAAGCAUAGGUAUUAAAUGCUGAGUUAUUCCUCAUGGAUAUAAGAUGAAGAGUAAUUAUUUGCUGAGAUAAUGAUAGUARAAGAAGAGAUAACAAUUAAGAAAAUGAAAAGAGGUGCAGACAGAUCUGUCUGACUCAAACAUUAUUAUAGUUUUAAAUAUAUUUCUAUUAAUGCACAAAGGCAUGG